AUGGAUGGCGUGAAGAUGACCACAAUAGCUAGAUAUCAUAGGUACACUCUCUUUGACCACAAACACAACGAUAAUAUACGCCUCGAUCUACAGAGGUGCACGUUCAAGGAUGUACGAAUCAAAAGAAACCUAAAUGGAGUGCAGAUGAACCCACGUGGAAAGCUAGGGAAACAGCCACAUACCCAUUUUCCUUUACCUGGGACGACGGAGGCCGUUCCUACGACUAACGACAAUCGUCCAUAA